UGUAACACAAGCCCUAACGUUUUAAUUCACAAGUUUUUUUCUUCUUCACGAGAAAAAGAGUUUAAACGAGAAAAAAAAGGCGCGAUAAAAUGGCGGUGGCAGGUGGUGGGAGGGCACUGGCGCUGGCACAGCCGGUGACAUUUGUAACCGGAAACGCCAAGAAGCUCGAAGAAGUUCGCGCUAUCCUCGGAAAUUCGAUUCCCUUUCGCUCCCUCAAACUCGAUCUGCCGGAAUUACAAGGUGAGCCUGAGGAGAUAUCGAGAGAGAAGGCACGAUUGGCUGCAAAAGAGGUGAAUGGGCCGGUGUUGGUGGAGGACACGUGUCUUUGUUUCAAUGCUCUAAAGGGUCUACCAGGACCAUACAUCAAGUGGUUUCUGGAGAAGUUAGGCCAUCAAGGUUUGAACAAUUUACUGAUGGCAUAUGAGGAUAAAUCGGCUUAUGCUCUCUGUGUAUUCUCUCUUGCUCUCGGGCCAAAUGCAGAUCCAAUUACGUUUUUGGGGAAAACUCCAGGUAAAAUAGUUCUUCCUAGGGGACCAAAUGAUUUUGGAUGGGAUCCAAUUUUUCAACCUGAUGGGUAUGAUCAGACUUAUGCUGAAAUGGCCAAGGAAGAGAAGAACACGAUUUCUCACCGUUAUAGGGCUCUCGCACAGGUGAAAUCGCACUUUGCCGAGGCUAAAUAUACUUUCCAAUCAGAACCUUGAGUUUGUCAAGAUGGUAAGGUAAGGUACUCUUGAAAAGCACUGGUAACUAUUUUUGUUGGAGAUUGAUUUAAUUUGGAUAAAGCCAUCAAUGAACUUGAUUGUCGAAUUUAUGAUUGACAAAACCCAAAAAACCGUUAGAAUGUGCUGAAAUAUCAGUACAUCUAACUAGUCCCAGUUAUUAAAUCAUUGCGGGAGCAGAUGGAUUCUCGAGUAGUACCUUCUAUUUUCUUUUAUUGUUCUCUUUCUCAAGUAUUAAAAUCUAUUUUGAAUAAGCACUCAUUUAUUUCUGUGCUCA